GACACUUUAUAUUUUCUUGGAUACGACCUUUCGCAGACAUUUAAAAUGAGUGAGCAGAUCCUCCGUACACUUCUAAGAGUUGUAGCCUAAAAUCUCGCCGGCUCUCAUGGGACUGAGGCAUUCGUCGCGUUGUUUGCUGCUACGGCGGAAGAUGGCGGAGGCGGACAGCUCCGAGCGACAGCAGCCUGUCACAUCCCCCCUCUCUCAAUCUGCCCAGCCCUCCCCACUGCCUAAACCAGUGCCUACUACCCACCAUGUGCCCUGCAUCCCCCAUACGCCUCAUGUAGCGGCCCUGGCAACAUGUCCUGGUCGAGGCAAGAUUGCCAAAUUCCUCAGCCCGGAGGAGAUGACAUCACGGGACUACUACUUCGACUCUUACGCCCACUUUGGCAUCCAUGAGGAGAUGCUGAAGGACGAGGUGCGGACGCUGACCUACCGGAACGCCAUGUACCACAACAAGCAUGUGUUCAAAGAUAAAAUCGUCCUGGAUGUUGGUAGUGGCACAGGGAUCCUCUCUAUGUUUGCCGCCAAUGCCGGCGCCAAGCACGUGUAUGGGAUUGAAUGUUCAAGUAUAUCUGAAUAUUCAGAGAAGAUCAUCAAGUCAAAUCACCUACACAAUGUCAUUACCAUCUUCAAGGGCAAAGUGGAGGAGGUGGAGCUGCCUGUGGAGAAGGUGGACAUUAUCAUCUCAGAGUGGAUGGGCUAUUGCCUGUUCUACGAGUCCAUGCUCAACACCGUCAUCUUUGCCAGGGACAAGUGGCUGAAACCUGGAGGUCUGAUGUUCCCUGACAGAGCAGCUCUCUAUGUGGUAGCCAUUGAAGACAGACAGUACAAGGACUUCAAGAUUCAUUGGUGGGAGAACGUGUAUGGGUUCGACAUGAGCUGCAUUCGCAAUGUGGCCAUCAAAGAGCCUCUGGUGGAUGUGGUAGAUCCCAAGCAGGUGGUGACGAACGCCUGCCUCCUAAAGGAAGUGGACAUCUACACUGUGAAGCCAGAGGACCUGUCUUUCACCUCAGCCUUCUGUCUGCAGAUCCAGCGCAACGAUUAUGUCCACGCCCUGGUCACCUAUUUCAACAUUGAGUUCACCAAGUGUCACAAAAAGACUGGCUUCUCCACUGCUCCAGAUGCUGCCAGCACACACUGGAAACAGACAGUGUUUUACUUAGAGGACUACUUAACUGUCAAGAAGGGAGAGGAGAUCUUUGGCAGUAUUGCUGUCAGGCCCAAUGAAAAGAAUGUGCGUGACCUGGAGUUCACCCUAGAGCUAGACUUUAAGGGACAACUGUGUGAGGCCGCCAUUUCCCACGACUACAAAAUGCGUUAGGAACAACAAAAACCAACCAACUACCCUCAGCCCUUCGGGACCCAAUUGGAGAGGAGGGAGUGGGCACAGCCUCUCCAACAAGCAUUCCAGUGGCCAGCGAGGGCGACCAGACCAGACGCAUCAGAUUGGAUGCCAUCAUGCCAGCACCUAAGUGAUGUCAUCAGAAUAGGAAAGUAUCUAUCAGCAAUAGUGCCAUCACCUGUACCAACUUGAUCGACUCGGGCACAUCGUUGAAUGUAACAUCCUAAACGAACUUGAUUUUUUCUUUUCUCUCACUUGUUUCUGGAAAUGUUACAUUUUUGAGUCUAAAAUGAAAAGCAUUUGUGAGUCUUAAUAUUGUAAGUGCAGCUAACUGAAAAGCAUUGAUCUGUGUGAUGUUAAGAGGGUUACAGCACAGUCAUUAUCUGUUUUUCCUUUAGUCAUUUAUUAAGAUAUAUAAUGCACUGUAUAAUUGUGUAGAAGGUACAGUAAUCAAUUGUGAUUUAUUUUAUUAUUUAUUAUUUGCAUGUGAACUGUUUUUGCUUCAUUGGUUUUAGAAAGAUGUAAAAUGUAAUUUGUUUAUUUCUUUAAUAGAGACAAUUCUGAGCAACUGUACUUUGGUGCCAGUGUAGAACAGAACGAAGCCUCAGAACAGCAACAAACACAGAUGCAAUAUGUCAUGUAUCACUUUGUCUUGGAGAUCAGACAAACAAAAAGAAUGGAAAAAGAUGAACACGAUGAUGAAUAAA